CGUUGGUUUGGUGUUUGGCAGUUCAUUUGGCAACGUCGGUUGAGUGUAGUGCGUUUAUUGUUUCGCUGUGAGUUUGAAAUUUCGUUCGUUCGAUAUUAUUGUUUACGUUCAGACAACAAUCACGUGUACAGUGUUUGCAAUGUUCUACAACAACACAAUAUUCUCUACGAUCCGUUGUUUCGCACCAUGUUACCUUUGACAGUGAUUAUCUUUCCGUAAAAGUAGACAAUGAGAGUGCUUGUUUGCUACAGGUAAAUGGUGGAGCGUGUAGUGGUAACGCCCAUCUCAAGCAAUAUAUUUCCUCCAACUAUGGGAUAACCAGCAACCUGUAUGCAAUUCUAAUUUACAAUUAUUUUAACCGUGAUAAAUUCACCUGUAACAAGUUUUUAGUACAGGUGCUGUAGCCUUACAUAAACAAUGGCAGCAACCAAACGAAACAAAACAUUGGAGAGACGUUGGAGGACGUUACAUGAAACGGUUUAUGUUAUUUUUUUAUGUGUUCAAGUUUGUUCUUGUGAUACCACAUGGUAUCAGCAGUCGUCGACUACUCCGCAAUUCGAAAGGUCCCCCACGGAGGUGCCAGGGGGACUGAUCUCCAACCAGCUGAUGAAACUUGAAAGGACUUCCAGCCCGUUUCUUGUACGGGAGGAUAUCAUUGUUGACAGGUCUUCCGAACUCAUCAUUGAGAAAGGUGUUGAGAUACGAUUCGCCCCCAUGGUUGGAAUAACGGUUCGAGGGAUUUUCACUGCCAAGGGAACCGAAGACGAGAGAAUAGUGUUGAGGCCAACACUAGAACCGGAACGAACGUCAAGCUUCCGUAAAAUAAGACUGGUUGACGGCCCGUCCCCGUUAAAUGGCCGACUACAAAUAUUCCACCUCGACAAAUGGAGAUCUGUCUGCACCAAUUCAAGAAAUUGGACGAUAAGCGACUUGGAGGUGGUUUGCCGCGACCUGGGGCUCCAGGGCGGUGAGUGGGGGGGCUGGAUGGACCGGCAGCCGGGUCCCCAGCAGCCGCGACUCCUGCUGGAGCGACCGGCCUGUCGCGGCCAAGAGGCCUCCAUACGCGAGUGCGACUGGAACAGUCGGCAGCUUGGCGCGGGAGUUUGCGAUUAUCACCCGGACAUUUCGAUUCAGUGCUCAGCCCACCAUGUCACAUCACCGGACAUAGCUCAACAUUGGCGAGGUUUGAAGUUCGAACAUGCUCAAUACGAAAGAAAAUUGACGCUACAAAAUACGCUCUACGUUCAAUCAUCCCAUUCCGAACUCUCUUAUGUUGACAUCAGGUUUGCUGGGUCAGGUCGCGACUACAAUGUCAGUUCGGCUGUUCAUGUUGAAGGAGUUCCACCGGCAAUGAACUCUGUGAUAGUCUCUCACUCCGCAUUCACUGGCAUCAACAUCACUGCCCCCGGUGCCCCUCUCACAUUCAACAAUUGCACCAUCAGGAACAAUAGAGGAUAUGGACUGUACGUGAACUCAUCAACUGGUGGAGUUUUGGUUAAUGGAUGUUUGAUCAAUGACAAUGGAGCAGAUGGCAUAAAAUAUGUGCAAUACAAUGAACUAAUAACAUCGAGGAAAGAUAUUUAUGACUUCUGUACAUUCCCUAUCACUGCCAGUCAAACUUUCCCACUGUCUAUAUCGUUCGACCAGAAUAAUUUCAACCCGUUGAAUAAGGAUUGCAAUAAGGUUUUCUUCACGAAAGAAGGCUACGUUUUGACAUUUCACUUCCUGCAGGCGGUAACAGAUCGCAAUGAAAGUGCUAGAAUUAUAAUUCACGAUGGAGGUGGACCCAACGAAAGGGUGCUUGCUGAAUUGAAGAUCAGAAACAAUACAAAGCCUCAGAGUAUCACUACGACUAGAAGUAACAUGUAUGUCAGAUUCUCGGCACAACCUUUCACCAAUACUGUUGGAUUCUUACGAAUAACGUCCGGACCAUCGAAAUGGUACGACCUGAACGUUACCGACUCAACCGUAGCCGACAACGGCGGUCGAGGGAUCGCAAUCGAAAAGCUGCAAAGUCACGUGCACAUCCAGCGAACGUCUGUUUCGAACAACAACUACGUGGCAGGUGUGCAUGUCCUGUACGGAACUGGGGCUGUUAACAUAACCGACUCGCGAAUCGCCUUCAACAAAGGAGACGGCCUCAACGUCAGUUACACCGGCGGAACUGUCAACGUCACCCGGACAUCGUUGUCGUCGAACAAUGGCUACGGCGUUGCCGUCUGGCUGAACGACACAAAAACGCCCGAAUACGAAUCGUUCCACCAGGAGACAAUCGUCGCUUACAGCGAAAUAUUCAAGAACGUCGAGACUGGAAUUCUAGUCGGCAACUUCUGCAGAAACUCGAUUGUAAACAUAACCGGCAACUGGUUCAAUCUGAGCUUGGCGAACGCUGUUGAAGUCAAAUCUUGCUGGAAAGUCAACUCCGACAUCCUAAAACUACAAAUCGGUCACAACGUGUUCAUUCAAAAAAAACUGGGAAUCAAAAUUCGACCCGCCGUGAAUAUGGAUGCGGUGAUCGAAUUCAACCGAAUCACUGGUCAUCAGUAUGGUGGUAUAUUGAUUAAAAACGACCAGUUUGAAGAGUUUGAACUGAUGAAAACGUCGGUUUUGAUAAGGAAUAAUGAGUUUUUCGAUAAUAGAGGGGUGUACGUGAUUAAUAUCGGACUAUCGCCCUAUAGUGAUCUGCACUACGCUCUACUGACGUGGAACUUUAUCAAGGACAAUAAAAUCAAGGAACCUUUUGAUGGUGAGAGGGAACAAAAAAGACUGAUACCCCGUAGUAGAGUAGCGGCUCCGUUGGUGAUUUCCUCAGCCAACGUGAACGUCUUCCGAAACAUUCUGCAGAACCAUGACUCUGAUUACGAAAUAGGAUCUCAGCUUGAAGACCAGAGUCAAACGAUCAACUGCACCUACAACUGGCUGAGCUACUCCAGCGAGGAAAGAAUCUAUAACAGACUUUUCCACAGGAAGGACCGUUACAACUUGGCAAAGAUUGAAUACAUGCCGUUUCUGCUACACAGCAGCAACCCUGGUGCCAGCACCAUCAUGGCCUAUCCGACAUUUGUGCCGCAGUUCCAAACGAACGUGAAUUCAGGCAUUGGCGGCGAGGUGGACGGCAUGGAGAGUCUGAGAGCCGGCGAGUAUCUGGUCAACAGGGAUAUCAACAUCCGUCCCGGCGGCAGGCUCACUCUCGAACCCGGUGUUACACUUCGUUUUCCACCAGGAGUCGGUAUGAUGGUAGCCGGCAAACUGGAAGCCAGAGGCAGAUUCGCCAAUGAUAUUUUGCUAACUCUAGUUCAGGAGGCGCCGCCCCCAGUCAUGGAAAUCGAGACCGAAUCUCCAAUUCCCCAACCCGAUCUUCUGCCCGUCAGACUCAUUGGAGGUCGUACACCACAUGAAGGCAGGCUGCAGGUGAAAAUAGGAGAAGAAUGGGGUACAAUUUGCAACUACGGGUGGACAAUGAGGGAUGCAGCCCUGGUUUGCCAUCAGCUUGGUCUGGUACUUAAUCCUAACGACUGGUUCUUGAUGGGUGCUGAUAUACCUGUUGCUGGUACCAGGGAAAUACUACUCAGCAACGUGCAAUGCACAGAGGAGGAUGUCGACAUAACGGAGUGUCGCGCUGAGAGGGCGAACGACAUGGAGAAGUCGUGUAGUCACGAUCAUGACGUCGGUCUCCGUUGCUACGAGCCGCACUGGGCGGGUGUCCGCCUAGGGGUGCUCGCCGAGAAGUCGCAUCUCCAGUAUCUCACCAUCGAACGCGCCGGCAUGCUAGAUUACGCCACUAAUACGUUCAAACCAGCUCUGCAAGUGGACUUUUCUCGGCAUGCCUUUGAGAGUGUUCGCCUGGUUAACAAUGUCCAAGAUGGUCUUGGCAUUGUCUACUCUGACGUGCAUUCAACAUCGGGCAAUACGGCCAAAAGCUGUGAGUUCAGUAAUAAUCGGGGCAGUGGUGUUAACAUGAAGCAACUGGGAUUCAAAAUUAUGGGUUCUUCGAUUGAAAACAAUUUGAUAGCUGGUAUCAGACAUGAUCCUCAGAUGACCAACAGUUACCGCCGGGAGCUGGCCGGCUGGUUCAAGCCUGUUCCGGAUCUGGUCACCCAGUUCAAUCCCUACGAGCCUGUGUUCAUCCCACAGGCGUUUCCUAGCAUCGAUUUGGAAGAGGGGCAAACAAAAUACCUAAUUACACAAAGAGUGACACAUGAUCCAAUCGACAAGACAUUCACAAUAAGGAGUAAACCAGGAUUUGCAGUGGGCAUACAACUGCUCAAUCCCAUCCACAACAGAAGUACAGAAGAGAUAAUAAUCAUUGACAGUCACACACAAAAUGUGAAUUCCAAGUUUGGUGUGACCACGUGGAAUGUCCGUCGCGACUUGACUGUGUUUCCGACAACCAGCGGCUCCUAUGGAAUUAUUCUGGAAUACCGUAGUGGCACAGAUGCUAUUGGUGAAGCUGUGAUCGCCGUCUCUUCAAUACGUGCUACUCCAAGCACCGACACACUUGGCAGGUAUAUUCGUGGACCAAUUCCCACAUUGACUGUGACCAAAUCUCGAAUAAAAGGAAAUUCUCGUGGUAUCUGGGCGUCGUUCUACAACAGGCAUUUGAAUGAAUACUAUGAGCAUUACCUGAGGAACGCCAACGAGUCCAUCCAAAUUGUGGGCUGCGACAUAUCUCACAACAAUGAGGAAGCUAUCUAUGUCAACUCGCCCUAUUGGAAUAUAUCGCCUUGCAAUAUAUCUGAAAUCGCAAUACUCAUAAACAAUUCAUUGAUUACUGAUAAUGGAAGAGGGAUCUACCAGUUUAGCAGGGAUCUGCGAGACUCGAACAAUCUAUUCCACUGGCACCUGCACGACAACUCGAUAGAACGCAACAUGGCGGGCGGUCUACAGCUGUCGUUGCCCUAUGUCUGGCAGUACAACCAGAACUUCACGCACUCCAUCCGUCUCAGAAACAACACCUGGCGCAACAACCAGCAGUUCGGCGUCACAAUCGGCGGCCAUUUCGCCCGACUGAACAUCACCAGGAACGUGUUCGAAGAUAAUGUCUGCAAGCACGGGUUGAUCUCAAUUCAGGGCAUGGAGAAGAAACUAUUGAUUGCUAAGAAUAUAAUUGAGAGGAACACUGGAAACUUUAUGAUUGAGUUUAAAGCUGACAGCCAGUCGGAAAUCAUGGAUCACAAUUUGGAUGCCAUCUGCACGGAAAACCUCAUAAAAAAGAACAGACCUCCGACGCCAGAGACGCCGUCCAGUGUGAUAGUUUUCGACGGCUUGCAACUAGUGAAGGUGCACCGUAACUUGCUGGGCAACAACAGCUUGGCCUACUCUCUGGUGGCGGGAGUGCGAACUGCGCGUCUCAACUCCUAUCUGGAUGUGAUUGAGAACUGGUGGGGGUCCACCAACCUCCAAGACAUCAAAGCCAAGAUAUUCGACUUCGAUGACUGGAAUAAUCAUGCUCAGGCCACAUUCAGGCCUUUCUUGAUCGAGGAGUCAUUUGAGGGAUCGCUAUCGGGACCAUGGGAUCAGCCAGACAUUAUCGACCUGGACGAUCUGGGAGGCCGGCUGACCAGAUCGCUGACUCUGCAUCCGAGGGAGACGCCUUACGUCCUCCGAUCCGACCUGACUGUUAUGCCCGAUGUGACACUGACCCUGCUGCCGGGAGUUGUCAUGGAAUUCCAUCCGAAUGUUGGCAUCCUGGUUCUCGGCCGAUUGUUCGCGAGGGGAAGGCGCGGUGAAGAGAUUGUGUUCCAGCCGCAUCCUGAUGUUGUAGGCUCCAAGCCUCUGGCACCUAUCCGGCAAAGGAGCCUAAGGUUGUGCACAGGCCAGAACUGCGUGCAACCAACGGAAAAAGGCGAAGGGUUUUUGGAAUAUCUGAACUCGACAACGUUGCAGUGGGUUCCCGUCUGUGAUAGCAGGUUCUCUGAGAAGAAUGCAGAAGUUGUGUGUCGUGAACUCGGCUUGGAGUCACUGAAUGCCUGGGUGUCUCACGGACCUCGUGUCGAAUUCCAUCCUAAUUCACUGUCUAGGAUUUGGUCUUAUCCGGAACCUGUUCAGUGUACAGGUGAGGAGUCGAGACUUGAAGACUGUGACAUUAGACUGAACGGACAGCUGCACGGAAAACGGCACCUCUGCUACUGGAACAGUAAUUUUGUGUUCGUCAAAUGCGGACAGAGAAACCUGCCUGCGGGCUCCGAUUACUGGGGUGGUAUCAGAUUUGCAAGCUCAGACUUUGAACAGAACUCGUUCGAGCACAGAGUCCACGACACGGUCACCCACGAGACGAUCCAGCGAACCGACUCAGUUGUGGAGUUCGCCAACAUCACUGGAGCCGGAAUUCUGCACAAUCAGCGGUCGCCCGCCAUCUUGGCCGUUUCCAAAUCUCCAAUCAUCACCAACGUCAACAUCACCAAUUCGGCUUCUCAUGGCAUCUCUCUCAUUUCGCCUUCGGAUAGUGUCAAUCUUCUUUUCAAUUGGAUACAACACUCGCUCGGGUUUGGCGUGACGUUGGCGUCGCUGACUGGAGAAGGCCGGGAGAGCGAAGAGAGUUCGUUCACACCGGCCAGAAACGUGUAUCUGCCUCAGAAUGUGUUCAGCAUGGUCGACAUGUGUGACCCCACUAAACAGAUCUUUGUGCAGGAGAGAAUCUUCGUCUACUACAAGUACCAGAAUAGGCCUGUCAACUGUGUCAAGAUUUUCUACAGCUCGUUCAGUGUCAAGCCUUUCGGAUUCAGGUUACUACAGUUCAAUAUGCUGAACUCAACCGAUGAAAUAAAGCUCUACGAUGGAAAUAUAUACUCGCCUCAAUGGUCGAAGCUAUUGGCUACAAUAAACAGCAAGUCGGGAAUGGAGAAGAAAUUCAUCACCACCAAAACUAUCAGUUUGAGUAUGAAAAUGGUGACCAGCGGAGCCUCUGAGAACUAUGGCUUCAUUGCUGAAAUAGUCACGCUUCCGAUCUCCGCUAUUGGAUUCAAUCGUGACGUCCAGCAUAACAUCUCGUAUUCGUCGUUGAAACACAACUGGCAAGGCGCUGUUCAGUAUGUGAGCGCCGGAGAGGUGAAUCCAAGGACAACCUUGGAAUGGAAUCAGAUCGAGGACAAUGGGGUUCAGCUCUACGGAAACUUCACCACUUGCAAAGCGGCUGUCGAGCUAGACCUGCAAAACACUCAAAAUCUUCAUUUCCGGAACAAUCUGGUGAAAGGCAACCAAGGUGGUCUGUGGAUAAGGGCAGACUCGCGCGGUACAGCUACUUCGUUGAAAGGGUGGAUUCACAACAAUCUGUUCGCCAACAACUAUCAGAACCCAGCGCUGAGUGUGGAGGGACGUCAGAGCAGUCCCUAUCAGGAAGUCACCAUCUACAGGAACUAUUGGACUCAGAACAGAGCUCCCUAUCAGAACAUCAUCAAAUUGAAUCAGGUCGUCUCAAAUUUUACAUUCAACUACGUCCACAGAAAUCUUGGCAGCCACAUAUUAGAAGUAUCUGGAUUUGAAAGAGUCAGGCUUCCAAUAUAUCAGACAACUUCGCAUAAUGGAUUCUACUGGAAUUACGCCACGGAACGAGACUCAAGGGGUACCAUUGUCGCUGGUACAGCGGGCCAACAUUACAUCGAUAAUGUAUUUUUCAAUCCUGAGAACGAUUUCGAGAUUGUUACCGUCAAUAGAUCAUUAUUGGAUAUCUUUAAAACGCCGAUCGAUGCGAAGCACAACUACUGGAGUUUCAACGAGACUCUGGCGGUGAGCGGACGAAUCAAGGACCGCCUUGACGAGCCGCACCUCCUCGAAGUGGACUUCAGGCCCUACCACAUGAACAACAAGACCAUUCUGGACGGGAAGUGUCCGCCCGGCUGGAGUCUGGUCGGCGACACCUGCUACAUCUACAUCGGCGCACCCAUGACCUUCAGAGAGGCCAGGGAGUUCUGCAGGAGUGACAACGCGUCAAUGCCUUACGUGAUGGGCAACCAUUUUGCGCUGUACCAGUUUCUUCGCAAGCAGCAAGAGAAGUUCAACUUCUACGACCGCGUGUGGGUGCAACACAUCGACAAGAUCAACGAGUGUACUGUCUUUGUCUUCCAAAGGAUCGAGACCGAUCACUGCCAGAGACUCAAUCCGUUCCUGUGUGAAAUGGACCCGAAAGUAGUGAUCGACCCGCUGAGCUGGCGAGGCGACAUUGUGAUAAUAGCUGUGAUGGGAUCAGCCGUGUUACUAGUGCUGCUGAUUCUGCUGAUCGCAGGCUUCUGGUACUCCAAGUCGCGCCACCGUCACUCGGAGCGACUGCAGCGUCGCAACUCCAUCCGACAGUCUCUGCAUUCGGUGCGGUCCAUCGGAUCGUCGCAUGGUGGCUUCUCCACAAUCGGAUACAAUCGCAAGGGACCUUCUAGUCGACAGCCCAGUCCAACUCUAAACAAAGGCAGUGACUACAAAAAGAUGAAUGGCAGCGUGGAUUCAAUGGACAAGUCGCAACUCAAUUCAUCUCUUGAAGAAGACACGCAAAGCUAUGACAUCUAUGAAGCUCAUAAUCCAUCGGCCGCUGAGGCCAUCAAUCCCGGCUUUGAUUUGGCUUACAGAAAUGAGGGGUUCAAGGACAACUCAACAUUCGCAUCUCGAGACCACAGCACGUGGCAGUCGACCGAAGACUACCUGCAGAACUCGUCAACACUGCCGUUGAAUGCCAGUCUCGGCCUCACCGAUUCGACACUGGAUGGCCUCAAAUCGGAGAAAGACUACCAACAGGACCGGGACUAUCCGGUCUACUACGAACGGCCGAAAAGCUCCGGUGCUCUACUGGAAACCAACCUGGACGCCCCCCUGCCCUCUCCGGCACCCCCUCCACGUGCCAAGUCCGAGGUUCUGCUCGAGACCAACCUCGAUUACCCGCCUCCCCCUCCGCCGCAUCACCAACACGAUCUCAGCUCGUUUCGUAGUAAAAGUCAACCUUUAGAAACUGCAAUGUAACUUAAUUAUUAGUGUAGUGAGAUGUGCAAACUGUCAGGAUUGUUUGAAUGUAUUAUAAUUUAUAUUAUUCACAAGGAAUGCUGACAGAUUAAAGCUGGAUUCUCAUAUAUUAAGUGGUAGAGUGGACAAUAUUGUCCAAACUUCGCCACGUCAACAUAAAU